AUGGUUGUUCACUGGAUAAAAAAAGUUCCCUUUUUCUGUAGUGAUCGAGAAUAUGUUAUUGCUCGAAGAAUAUGGGAGGCUGGAAAUUCAUACUACUGUGUGACAAAGGGGGUGCCUUAUCCAAGUUUACCCAAGCGAGACAAGCCCAGACGAGUAGAUCUUUACUUUUCCAGUUGGGUCAUCAAACCUGUGGAAUCUCGCAAAGGAGAUGGACAGAUGUCUGCCUGCGAGGUUACCCUUUUACAUUAUGAAGACAUGGGGAUUCCCAAAGACGUCGCGAAGCUGGGCGUCCGCCAUGGGAUGUGGGGGGCUGUUAAAAAACUUCACUCUGGAAUGAGAGCGUAUCAGAAUGCUAGGAAAACGGAGGCAUCCUUGUCAAGAUGCGCACUGAAUGCAAGAAUCUCAACCAGGAUCUCUAUAGAAAAUAUGGAGUCGUCUGAGCCUUCUUUAGCGCAGGAAGAGAGAGAUCAAGCCCUUAGAAAUUGUAGGAGACAAGAUGGUCCUGGCUUGGACUGGAAGUGGUUGGCUAUUGGUGGGACUGUUGCUCUGGUUUUGGGUAUUCACGGUGGUGCAGUAGGGAAAGCAUUGUUAGUGGGUGCAGGGCGCAGAAUUGCACGGGGCUGAGUGGUCUAGAAUCUAGUAAACAAGAGUUUCUAUUUGUUGUCAUUUUGUAGAUUCAUUAUAGUUGUAAUCUAUAACAGUAUAUUCUUUUAUAUUCGAUGAUGUACUUGUGCGAUUGGUUUUUUCAUACUACAUGAGUCUCGUAGAUUGAUCAGACCCACGUAUUUUACAGUAGACGGCGCUUUGAUUCCAUGCAUCUCGACAAGAACUCCUAUGCAUGGAAGAUGGCUAUGAAAA